AAGCACAAAAUGGGAGGACCAGUUCCUUAUUUUCCUGGGCCACCAACUUCCGCAUUAACGAUGGGGAUGUUGCAAGUAGAUUCCCCUGCCGCUAACUGAGCCGCCCGGCCAAUCAUUAACCCCGUUGCCUGCAAGCUGUAGGAUCCCACCGAUUCCCCAAGAGGAGGAACAGCAGAUGGACUCGACACCAGUGAGGAUGCUGGUCUGGGCCUUCAUCCUGUUGAUCCUGGGUGAUCUCUCCUGGGCAGCUGAGCCUCCACAGUACUGCUAUGGUGCACCGGGCCUCCCUGGAACCCCUGGGGCUCUGGGCAAAGAUGGCCGAGAUGGUCAAAAGGGAUCCAAAGGAGAACCAGGUCCUCCAGCCAUUCCUGGAAGCCACGGUCCCAAGGGAGAACCAGGUUCUCCUGGCCUUCCAGGUCUGCCAGGGAAAAGUGGACCUAGAGGAGCUCCAGGAAACUUAGGAGAACAUGGUCCCAAAGGGGAAGACGGUGAUCCAGGGGACUCUGGUGGCUACAAGAACAUGUACCAAUCAGCCUUCUCGGUCAAGCGUCAGACGCAUGAGCACCCCGUGAAGGACAGGCCGGUGGUCUUUCACGGAAACAUCACCAACACUUACCACGAUUAUGACACCGCCACGGGCAAGUUCACCUGUCGCAUUCCUGGCGUCUAUUACUUCACUUUCCACACCUCCUUGACAGCCAACCUCUGUGUCAACAUGUAUCUGAACCUGGAGAAGGUGGCCAGCUUCUGCGAUCAUCUGUCCAACCCCAAGCAAGUCAGCUCAGGUGGGGUCCUGCUCCACUUGCAAAGAGGCCACCAGGUCUGGCUGGCAGUCAACGACUACAAUGGCAUGGUUGGGAUGGCUCAGGCCGACAGCGUGUUCUCCGGCUUCCUGCUCUUCCCUGAUUAACUUCCUGAUCUUCAUCCUGCCUGGAGUUGACCCUUCCCAGAUCUUGCCCCGUUCUUCU